UUUGGCCUUGUUAAACCUCACACCAUUGGCCUCAGCCCAGCGGUCCAGCCUGUUCAGAACCUCUUUGCAGAGCCUCCCUACCCUCCAGCAGAUCCACGCUUCCACCCAGCUCAGUGUCAUCUGCAAACUUGCUGAGGGUGCACUCAAUGCCUUCAUCCAGGUCAUUGAUAAAGACAUUGAACAGGGCUGGACCCAGUACUGAGCCCUGGGGAACCCCACUUGUGACUGCCUCCAGCUGGAGUUAACUCCAUUGACCACCGCUCUCUGGGCCAUCCAAACAGUUUUCGACGCAGGAGAGUGUGCGCCUGUCCAGGCCAGAGGCUGACAGUUUCUGAAGCAGAAUGCUGUGAGAAACUGUGUCAAAGGCUUUACUGAAGUCCAAGAAGACUCCAGCCACAGCCUUUCCCCCAUUUAUUAGUCGAGACAUUUUGUCAUAGAAGGUGAUCAGGUUAGUUUGGCAAGAUCUGCCUUUUGUGAACCCAUGUUGACUGGGCCUGAUCACCCGGUUCUCUUGCAUGUGCUUCAUGAUAGCACUCAAGAUCACCUGUUCCAUGACUUUUCCCGGCACUCAGGUCAGACUGACAGGCCUGGAGUUCCCCGGAUCCUCCCUGCAACCCUUCUUGUAGAUGGGCACAACAUCAGCCAGCCUCCAGUCCAGUGGAACUUCCCCAGUCAGCCAGGACCGCUGGAAGAUGAUGGAAAGGGGUUUGGAAAGGACAUCCACCAGCUCCUUCAAUACUCUUGGGUGGAUCCCAUCCGGUCCCGUAGACUUGUGGGUGUCUAGCUGGGCAAGCAAGUCUCUAACCACCUCCUCUUGGAUCAUGGGAGCCUCAUUCUGCUCCUCUAACUCCUGGGUUUGUACAUAGAGGGAACAACUUUCCUUAUUAUUAAAGACUGAGGACAAAGAAGGCAUUAAGUACCUCAGCCUUGUCUUCAUCCCUUGUCACUGUUGUUCUUCUGCAUCCAAUAGGGACUGAAUAUUCUCCCUCAUCCUCCUUUUCUUGUUAAUGCAUUUGUAGAAAGAUUUUUUAUUAUUUUUCACAGAUUUAGCCAGUUUCAUUUCUAGUUGGGCCUUAACCCUCCUGAUUUUUUCCCUGCAUGAUCUCACUUCUUCGCUGUAGUCCACCCAAGAUGCCUGUCACAAUGUGAGCAAGGUGCCAGUGCUUAGGGAGUUACUCCAGUCUCCAUGACCUUUGGAAGAUGAUGGAGAGAGGACUCACUGGGACAUCGUCCUGCUCACUCUGCUCCCUGGGAUGCUGCCCCUGCUGUCCCAUACACUGGGAAGGAUGGUGUUUGCUCAAGUGAUCCCUGACUUGAUCCCCACCCACCGCCGGUUGAUCUCCUCCAUAGUCCUGCCCUGAGACACAGAGGGCCGCAAGACCUUCCUUGGCAAGAGAGAGGCAGAGAGGACACAGGGAAUCUCAGAUCUCUCUACACCUGCUCCUCCUAAAACCAGUAGUACCCACACAGGGGCUUUGUUUCUUCCUUAGCAGUUUGUGAUGCAGCAAAUGCUCAUCAUGGUGCCCUUGAAUGGCUUCUCAAGUUGAGACUGGGUUUCAGUCUGGACUCUUGCAGUGUUCAGGAGGAUACUGUCCUUGAAGCCCAUCUGUCCUGAGCUCUGUGACCAUGUCCCAGCUCUGUCUCUCACAGGAACGGCUCCAUCUCCUCCUGCCUGUGCCCCUGGCUGAGGGCAUUGCUGCCCAGUGGGGCUGAAGCCCUGCAGCUGUGGCACCAGGCAAGCUCAUCCCUGCCAGAAGGAAACCUGGGACCAAGAGUCCAACACCUCAUGUGUUCAAAUGCUUUGCUUAGAGCAGAGACGUGGCUGGGACAGGAGAGAGCUGAGUGUCUUUCUAGUCCCAGGUCAAAUGCCUAAAUUCACUCAACAGAAUAGAUCUCCCCAGCAUGGAGAAAUGAGAUCAUUCCUUGUCAUCUUUCUGCUGCCCUGUCAAAGAUGGAACAAGAAAAGUGAUUCUCUUGCCCAGCUAUUUCUCUAACAGCAGUAUUGACACUGUAGGAAAGAAGUGUCUCUGCCCAUCUGAGGGAAGGGAACAUCAGGGAUGGCUUCAGGCUGUUUCUCAGCAGGUUCCCCUGGAGCCCCAGGGACACCUGGAGGGAGCCCCGAGGGGGCAGAGCAAGGGCUGCCUUGGGCUGCUCCUCUGCUGCUGAGCUGGGCUGGGCUCCUGGCAGGGAGGGAGCUGGUGGCAAGUGGGCAGCGCUACAAAGAGCCAUCUCUGGGCAGGAGCAGCUCCUCUGCAAAGCCCAGCAGAGCUGAGGGCACUGCCUGCAGGCAGCGAGGGGAGAGGAGGGAGGCAGAGAGAGGUUCAAGGCAGGGUGGGGUGGGAGGAAAGAGGAGACUUCAUUUGGAGAAAAACAUUCACAGCCUUUAACAAGGUAAGUCUCUGCAGGCAAAACAGUGCAGGUGCUGUUCCUGGGUGAAUCUCAGCCUGUGGGAUCUGUCAGGAGGUUCUCACAGUUUCUCCAGUGGAGAGAAAAAGGAUGAGCUUUGGAGAGGGUUUCCUGGCUGCACGGCCAGUGGGACAGGACACGGCAGCUGCCUUCACCCAGGGAUGUCUGCAGGGUGUGGAGCUGGGGGUGCACUCAGGGGUGCCCCGGGCUGUCCUUGAGAUCCGGGUCCCUGCAUCCCAGGCUCCGAGUGCCGGGACAGGGACUCUGCCGCCUGCCAGGGGCAGCUCAGCCUGCCCGGGGAGCUCCCCAUGCUGGUACAAAGAGAAGCUGUGGGUGGAAAAAGCAACUCCUGCAGGAGAGAGGCUUUAUGCUUCUAAGAGGGUCCUGGGUGAGUCAGAGCUGCUCACAGUUCCUGAUCAUCCCAGGACAUUUCUGAGAGGAUAUUUCAAGAGGAAGGUCAAUGCAGGGAUUAUGUUACAGAUAAGGAGCUUUCCUGAAUCUGUCAUUUCAGUUACCUGUUCUUGGGGAAUUGAGGGAAGAAAUGGGGAAAAAAAAGGGGCUUUCAUUCUUGAACAAGAGACUGAGACUGCUGAGCUGUAAGGAUGAGUACCCAGUAGGUCUGGUAGGAGCUCCUGCACUGCCUGUGGACAGCACCAGCAUCACCUCUGCUGGACCCCGCAGGGUUCUCCUGUCCUGCCCUGUUCAACCUGCAAACAGGAACCCACAGCCAGGCAGUGCCCUGCAAACAGGCAGCUUUGUGUAGGGGAGCGCACAGAGGUUGGGAUGGGGUUGGAGAGCACUGACAGGGAAAAGACAUGGGGCAGGGAAACACCUCUCAGGGAGAGAAUGUCCAAGCAGCAGGGAUGGGGUCAUGGAAUGAGAGGAAUCUAAAACCAGAGAAGUGGCAGGAAGACUAGAGAAAAUGCCAUGUGAUCCUGUCCAGUGCAGCCCCUUCCUCUGAGCAAGCCCCCUGCCUCCUCUCCCACCCAGCAAAGCCUCUGCCCUCAGGGCUCUGGGCUCCAAGGCUGAACCCCCUCCUCUGCAGCCACAGCUCCAGUGCCCUCUCCAGAGCCCAGGGGCUGAGAGCAACUGCCCGGCAAGGUUGGUGUCUGGGAGGGGGUGAGCACAGCUGGGGAAGGGGAACGCUGUCGGCGUGCCCGGCUGCCUCUGCCCUGGCCUCUCACAGCCAGACCCUCACUCUGUUCCUCCCUGUUUUCCCCCUGUCUCUGUUCUCGCUGUUCUCUCCUUGUUGCUGCCAGGCUCUCUGGGGAUGGGAGCUGCAGCUGCAGAGUCACCCACUGCCCUGGUGGCUCCUUUCCUGCACUUGUGUCCAUGGGAACCCGUGUCCCAGCUUUCCUGUAAGCUGUGGGGCUGAGGGCAAUGCAGUCAGUGGGACUGGGGAAGGACCUGAAUCUCCCUUCAUCAAAUGCCAUCCUGAGGACACUUGACUCUCCUUGAGGUUUCCUUCCAAGCUGUGAGCUUUCCUCCAGGAUGCAAACCUGUUCUGUCACGUCUUUGUAUUUCCUGCAAGCCCCAUGGAGAAGAGAUGCUAUGAGAGAGACAAUGCUGAUGGGUUUGUGAACUGAGACAUGUCUGUCCUAGGCUGCAAGUGGGUGCUGAGACCUUAGGCAAAGGUGAGGCAUUGAAUGGUGUGAGGUGGAUCUCUCUGCUCUCAACAGGGCCUGGAGGCAUUUCAGGGUGACACAAGAAUGUGAUCAUUCUGGCUGUGGAGAUGCACCAGGAGCACUUCCCCAGGAUAGAGCUGAACCCCAGCAGUGUCCCCUGUCCCCACCGUCCCCAUCACCCCCUGCUGCAGAGCAGGGCUGACUCCUCGCAGCCAGCGGGCAGAGGCCCUGCUCCUCCCGGCACAUUCAGCCGGCACCGAGCAGGGCUCCAGGCUCGGAGCUGAAGGAAGGGCUGCGAGAGAAGGGACAGUGUGUGUGCAUCAGGGGAGGGGAAUGAGAGAUGGCUUUGAUUUGGCUCAGGAAAUUCUCCCCUAACUUGUCACUGUCCUUUCCUCCUCUGACAGUGCCCCAUAUCCAGAGGCAGCAGAUGUCCAACAGCAGCUCCAUCACCCAGUUCCUCCUCCUGGCAUUUGCAGACACACGGGAGCUGCAGCUCUUGCACUUCUGGCUCUUCCUGGGCAUCUACCUGGCUGCCCUCCUGGGCAACGGCCUCAUCAUCGCCACCAUCGCCUCUGACCACCACCUCCACACCCCCAUGUACUUCUUCCUCCUCAACCUCUCCCUCCUCGACCUGGGCUCCAUCUCCACCACUGUCCCCAAAUCCAUGGCCAAUUCCCUCUGGAACACCAAAGUCAUUUCCUAUGCAGGAUGUGUUGCCCAAUUCUUUCUGUUUGUCUUUCUCAUUUCAGCAGAGUAUUCUCUUCUCACCAUCAUGUCCUAUGACCGCUACGUUGCCAUCUGCAAACCCCUGCACUACGGGACCCUCCUGGGCAGCAGAGCUUGUGUCCACAUGGCAGCAGCUGCCUGGGGCGCUGGGUUUCUCAAUGCUCUGCUGCACACGGCCAAUACAUUUUCCCUGCCCCUCUGCCAGGGAAAUGCUCUGCACCAGUUCUUCUGUGAAAUCCCACAGAUCCUCAAGCUCUCCUGCUCACACUCCUACCUCAGGGAAGCCGGGCUUAUUGUGGUCAGUGUACUAGUAGCAUUUGGCUGUUUUGUUUUCAUCAUACUGUCCUAUGUGCAGAUCUUCAGGGCUGUGCUGAGGAUCCCCUCUGAGCAGGGACGGCACAAAGCCUUUUCCACGUGCCUCCCUCACCUGGCUGUGGUCUCCCUGUUUCUCAGUACUGACUUAUUUACACACCUAAAGCCCCACUCCACCUCCUCCCCAUUUCUGGACCUGAUGGUUUCAGUUCUGUACACGGUGGUGCCUCCAGCAUUGAACCCCCUCAUCUACAGCUUGAGGAACCAGGAGCUCAGAGCUGCCCUAUGCCAACUGACCCAAUGCACGCGGUUUCACUGA